AUGGAAGAUUUGGAUAUGUUCAAGGUGCAGAAAUAUUCGUCAGAACCACAAGAUAUUUAUUUGUUAAUCGCAAGGGACCCAAAAACACUUUUACUUUAUUUAAACAACUACCAUAGAUUAGUUUUGGGAAAGACUAGGGCUUUAUACUCCAUAUUUUAUGUAGGUGAUGAUUGCCGAGAAGACUACAUAAAGGAUAUUUCCCAGGUUUUUUUGACAAUGUGGUUCAACUAUGGCAUUUUAAAUGUUGUAGCUUCAGCACCAUUUUCAUGUUACAGUGAAUCCAUCUACAUCUACAAUCCUUUUCAGAUAAGCGAGGCGGAACCUUUCGAAUAUGGUGUUUUAAAGGUAUAUCAACUGGAGAAAGUCGUUAAUAGACCUUACUUAAUCUUUAACCACCUUUUGCACCUAAAUAAUUACUCACUAAAAACCUUGUUGUUUAAUCGAAACCCCACCUCUUUAAAAGUGAUGCCCAAAAGCUUAACCACGAGAGAAAUCUACAUAAAAAUCCACGAAAUAUCUGGCUAUGUAGGUGUAGAUGCGGCCAUAUUAACCACGAUGGCAGCCUACCUUAAUUUUACAAUCAAAAACUACGAUGCAGAGAUAGACAGCGAUUUCGGUUACGUUUUCAAAAAUGGCACAGUAACUGGAUCGUUGGGAAAAAUAGUACGCAAAGAGGCCGAUCUAUCUGCAAACGGAAGAUUCGUAGCAGACUAUAACACUAGCGGUAUAGAGUUUACGAUUCCCUAUACGAGUGAGAAGAUUUGUAUUGUGGUGCCAAAAUCACCCAGAGUUCCGCAGUGGAUGUCGACUUUCAAAUACUUUCAUUGGAUAUCGUGGUUGUUUCUAUUUUGGGUAUUUUUGCUGUACAUACUUAUUUUGUACUUCGCGAAUGUAAAGGAAGGUAUAUUUAGGGCUUGGUUUGUUAUUACCUCAAUUUUUCUAUCAAUGCCUGUUAGAUUUCCCAGGCGUACGCACUUGGAAUUGCUCCUUGUCUCUUGUAUGAUUAUAAACGUCAUAAUAACCGGCAUAUUUCAAGGAAGUUUAGUAAAGUCGUUUAGCAAAGUAACCUAUUACUCCGAUAUAAAUACUCUGGAAGACCUGGAUGACAGCGGAUUUCCAAUUUAUACAUCCUUCAGUAUUUUUGGUACCAACGAAUCGAAUUUAGUUAAGCGUCUUUAUUCAAGAACUAGAAUGAACUACCAAAACGUCGUAAUUCUGGAUGAGAUGUUUCAUGGUAAAAGCAUUGCGGGCGUGGAGAGAAAAAAUGAUGCUGAAUUAUUUCUAAAGACCAAAUACAUCGGCCCAGAUGGCAAUCCAUUGUUGCACAUAGUUAAAGAGUGUCCCAAAUCGUAUUUUAUGGCUUAUAUACUUCCAGUUGGAUCGCCUUUGUUGCCGAGGAUAAAUUGGUUUCUCAGGAAGCUAACCGAGAGCGGACUGGUGGAUAAAUGGUAUCAGGAUACAGUGGACAGUAUUAUUCUCGAUUUCCUUGUGGAGAAUCCUUAUAGAAAGGAGAUUGAUAGACCUUUUAAUUUGGAAGAUCUUCAGGCGGCUUUUGGGUUGUUAAUAUUUGGAUUGUUUAUAGCAAGCAUUGUAUUUUGUAUUGAAAUAUGGUUUUAUUUAAAAUAA